AUGAAAAAUUUCACUCCCAGCACUGACUUGUCCACGAGAAUAGAAUCGCUGAUGGACACAACCAGCCCGUCCACCUCAGACAGCCGGCAGAAUGCGUCUAGUUCGUACUCCAACCCGAUCGUCUUUGUGCAGCCGAACCCUCCAACGACUGUCUCCGUUUCAGUGGAUGACGAAGACACGGCCUCCAUCGGUUCUGUACCGCGAAAUCCGUCUGAUGCUUGGCAAUGUCUGACAGGCAUAGCGAAAAGAGGCACCGAUGAUUUGAAUCCGGAAACCCACCCCGAUUCCGCGCGUACAGAUCCGACCGGCUUCCCAUCCUUCUCGGUAUUUCAGAAUGGCGCAGCUACGGAUUUUCACCCAACCAGUGGUAUCAAAGCCUACAGGCUGGUACAGGCAAGGUCUCUGGACCCAGGGACAGUGUGGCAGCUUGUGGCUCGUUACGCCGAGAAUUUUCAUCCUUAUCUUCCCCUGGUGCCGCGAAAAUACUUUGAUCGCCAUGCGCUCGACGCUUUUGCCACUAACGAGAAACACUUGUUGACCGCGGUGCUGACCAUUGCCUCCAAAGACCUGGUCGAACGGCCGGAAAUCCACGAAUACUGCUCCAAGUACAUGCAUGAACUCAUCUCCGGCAUUGCUGCUGGUGCUGAUUGCGAUGUGGAAGCCGUCGAGGCGCUACUCCUUCUCGCCGAGUGGGAACCCCAGGGUCUUCGGCCGCGGAUCGAGCAAGUUGGGCGUGGCGAGGAGGACCGAGCCGCCUGGAUGCAUGUCGGGCUUGCUCUGCGAUCGGGCUAUUUCCUUGGGUUGGAUCGGACGUCCUUCCGGGGUGAUGCUUCGGGGGAUACGGAGACCGAAGCCCGCAGACGACUGGCGUGGACCUGCUGCUACAUCUCCGACCGUCUGAUUUCCGUCCGUAUCGGGCGGGCUUUCUGGUCGCGAGGUCCAGGACCGAUGACGGGUCUUGUCAGUCAGGAUUUCCCUUCCCUACAACCUGUCAAGAGCGAUGAGGAAGAUUAUGCAAAGAUCUUCCAGGCGACACUGGAUCUUACGCAACUCUAUAACAAUGUUCACGAUGUACUCUACUCCGGGAUGCGGGCCAGCAAUCAAAUGAUGCUCAUGGGCGACUACGUGAAAUACGUGGACGAUUUUCGCCUUGCCAUUCUCCGUUGGAAGUCCCGCUGGGGCUCGCUUCCCUGUUCCACGCCGAUGCGAGCCACGUUGCAGUUGUCAUACGAGUAUCUGAGGCUCUAUACGAACGCAUUCGCUUUUCAAGCUGCGAUCUCCCAGUCACUGGUCUCCAAGCAUAAAAACAACAAUCACUCGCAAAGGGAGCAUUUGCGCGCGACCUUCAACAAUGUGGCAUCAAUGCAGGAUGCGCGCUUCAUUUACGAGUCUGUGGACGCUGCGAAAGCGUAUCUGACUAUCCUUGUUGACGAAGUGCAUCCGGAAAAGCACUUGCAUUUUAUGCCUCUGAGGUUUUACUUGUAUGGCAUCUAUGCAGCAGUCUUCUUAUACAAGGCGCGUUCAUUCGGUGUCAUGCUGAACUCUGAGGAGACGAAGGUGCGAGAACUGGUCACUCGCACCACUGAGGUGCUGAAGCGAGCAAGUGCCGGGCCAGAUGACAUUGGGGCUCGAUAUGCACGGCUUUUGGAACUCUUGUGGCAGUCUAAGCCUGCGCCCGCCGUCUCUCCUACGGCAACCCAUCGAAGCAGCGAUCUAUUGAUGCAGAACACACUCAAUCGCUUGCCGGAGCAAAGUAAUUAUGUGCAUUUCAGUCCUGCCAAUGACUUUUCAUGGCUGGAUCUCGAAGCAGUCGGAGACUUUGUGUCUGGAGACCAAAUGCCAGGAACUGGUACUCUAGCAUUUCAUGCAUUCCAGCAAGAGCCUGAUUUGUAUCAAUCAGGGCAGGACCGUUCUCAGCCAUGGCCGAUGUCACCAUGGUUGAACGAGAUACGCGGCCGAUUGGCCCUCAUCACAGGGGCGUCUGGAGGGAUUGGAGCUGCUUGUGCUCGUCAGCUGGCUCAGAAGGGAGUCCAUCUCGCUUUGACGUAUUCUACCAACCUCGAGGCAAUGAAUGCGCUUGUAAAAGAGCUUAGAUCCAGUCAAUCGGCAGCAGAUGGCGCCGAUGCACUCCGCAUUUCAAUCCACCAGGUCGAUGUUGCGUCUGCAGAGCAAAUCCAGAACAUGUUCGCACAGAUCGACCAGGAGCACGGACAGCGACCGGACAUUCUUGUGUCCAAUGCAGGCUACGGCAAGCGCAUCCCACAGGUUUGGGAUAUCUCACUGGAAGAAUUUGACUAUACCAUCAACGUGAAUCUGCGGGCCUCCUUCAUCCUGGUGAAGGGGAUUGUCGACCAUAUGAGGGAGCAGCGGUGGGGUCGAAUCGUCUUUAUGUCUUCGAUUGCUGGGUACGGCGGUGGAAUCAAUGGAUGUCAUUACGCCGCUUCGAAAGGCGGUAUGACUGGCAUGAUGAAGAAUCUCGCGACUCGUCUGGCUGAAUAUAAUAUCAGUGUCAAUGACGUGGCACCGGCCAUGAUCGGCGACACUGGCAUGAUACCCAGCGCUCAAGCCAUCCCUGAGGUUGCAGCGGGGAUUCCUCUUGGUCGACUGGGUACCCCUGAGGAAGUGGCUAAUGUUGUGAGCAUGCUCGUAACGACGGGCUACAUGACUGGCCAGAGUUUGCUGCUGGCAGGAGGGUUAAAGUAG